GACUAUGAACUCGAUAAAAACGUGAAUGCGUUAGCUGAAAUAGUAGUGUCUAAAGAUUAGUUGUAGUUACUAACAAAACUGCGUAGUGUAGCGUUUAAUAGCACUAACAUGAAAUGAAAAAAUAAACUGUAUGUGGUAACAAACCAUUGUCCUGUCGUGAUACAAUGAUAUCCUUCAAAAAACAUCUGAUAAUUAGCAUCGCGAUCCGAUUUUUCCUCGUAUACUACGGAGAAGUUCAGGAUAGCCUCUCUGAUGUCCAAUACACCGAUGUAGAUUACCGUGUGAUAACAGACGGAGCUAGUCAUGUUUUGAAUUUAAAUUCACCGUUCAAGCGACAUACGUACCGAUAUACACCAAUGCUGGCAUACUUGGUGUUACCCAAUCUACUGAUUCAUCACACCUUCGGCAAAUUUAUCUUCUCUUUGUUCGAUAUAUUGAUUGGAUUGCUGAUUAAGUGGAUUUUGCUGAAUUCCUACAGGGAAAACAAAAUAUCGAUAGAAAAAAAACUAUUGAAGCUGGAGACACUAAACAAUAGAAACAAAUAUUUCAUCAAAAGAAAGAAUGAAAUUCUAAACAACAGCAAUGAAACGCUACCACCAAAGUAUAUUCGGAUGGCGGAGCUAAGUGCUUACUUCUGGUUGUACAACCCGCUAACGAUGGUGAUUGCCACGCGAGGAAAUGGAGAUUGCAUAUCGUGUUCGUUAGUGCUAUUAGCGCUCUAUUUUUUGCUGCAAAACAAACAAAACACUUCACAGUAUUUUGUGGCAGGUAUUUUUUUCGGAUUGUCCAUCCAUUUUCGUCUAUACCCGAUAGGGUUUUGUUUGGCGUUCUACCUUGCGGUUCUCGACAAACCGCUGGAUACUAUCAAAGAUUACUCGCAAGCUAUUUUCAUGCCAAACACAAAACAAUUGGCUCUAGUUUCUGGAACCAUUGUUUCACUAAUUGUAUCAACAAGUUUGUUUUUGCUGUUGUACGGUCAUCAAUUUUUAUACGAAUCGAUUCUUUUCCAUUUAAUUCGUAAGGAUACUCGUCACAAUUUUUCUCUGUAUUUCUAUCUUCAAUAUCUCAGUUCCAAUUUUUCCAUCACUUGGUUAGAAAAAAUUCUUACCUUCCUGCCGCAGCUGGUCUUGAUAAUAAUACUAACCAUUCGAUACGGCAAGCAUCGGCAAACGCUAGGCUUCUCCCUGUUCACCAUAGCUUUUGUAAUGGUUACCUACAAUCCGGUUGUAACAUCUCAGUACUUUGUCUGGUUUCUAUCAUUGCUACCGUUGAGCGUGAAAAAUUUCAGACACAUUGGCAUCCGAAAAGCGUUUUUCAUGCCAGUGAUGUGGCUUAUUUCGCAAGGUGGCUGGCUGCUGCCUGCCUAUCUGCUGGAGUUCAAAGGCUGGAAUACGUUCGAGUUCGUCUGGAUACAAAGUGUGGUAUUUUUCUUCUCCAACAUACUGAUACUGCAGAUGCUGAUAACAAACUACGAUGUGAGCUAUAACUAUAAGAUUGAUUAGAGGAUAAUACAAACUUUUGUAAAUAAAACAAAACCUGAUGA